GCGCGCCGCCGCCGCCCCGCCCCGCCCCGCCGUCGCCUAACGGUCCGCGCCCGCCGCCCCGCCGCCCCGCGCGGGAGGAAGAUGAAGGAGAUGAAGCAGCGGAGGAAGAAGGAGCGCACGUGGGCUGAGGCCGCCCGCCUGGUGCUGGAAAACUACUCUGAUGCUCCUAUGACCCCAAAACAGAUUCUGCAGGUCAUAGAGGCUGAAGGACUGAAGGAAAUGAGUGGCACUUCUCCCCUAGCCUGUCUCAAUGCCAUGCUUCAUUCCAAUUCAAGGGGAGGUGACGGACUCUUUUACAAACUGCCUGGACGCAUCAGCCUUUUCACACUCAAGAAGGAUGCCUUGCAGUGGUCUCGGAAUCUGUCUGUGCCAGAAGGGGAGGAGUUGGAGGAUACAGCAGAUGCAGAAAGCUGCGAGUCCAAUGAAGCAAGCACUGUGAGUGGUGAUAAUGAUGGUAAGUGUUUAAUAACAUUAAUCUUAAACUACAAGCAUCUACUUUGGUGUCUGACUGAGUGCACUCCUAUUCCAGUGUCUCUGGAUGAUACCUCCUCUAAUGCCUCCUGUUCCACUGAAUCUCAAAGCAAGGGACCCUCCACUGCUAGGGAGAGCUAUAGAACAGCCUCACAGACAGCCAAACAAAAGAAGAAGACUGGCGUAAUGCUGCCUCGUGUUGUCUUAACGCCACUGAAAGUAAAUGGGGCACACAUGGAGUCUGCGUCCGGCUUCACAGGAAGGCACGCUGAUGGAGAGAGCAGCAGCACAUCCAGCAGUAGCAGCAGCUCUUUGGCCUUGUGCAAUGCCACCAUGCGCAGUAGAACAGAAAUAAACAGGGAUCCUCCACAGUUGCUGAGAGGUAUCCGAAAGCCCACAGCUGGACAGAUGAAGCGAAACAGGGGUGAGGAUAUUGACUUUGAAACACCCGGGUCCAUUCUUGUCAAUACAAACCUGCGAGCUCUUAUAAACUCCAGAACCUUUAAUGCGCUCCCAUCACACUUCCAGCAGCAGCUUCUUUAUCUCCUUCCAGAAGUGGAUAGACAGGUUGGGGCAGAUGGGCUGAUGCGUCUCAGUGGCAGUGCUCUGAAUAAUGAAUUCUUCACCCAUGCUGCUCAAAGCUGGAGAGAGCGACUAGCUGAUGGUGAAUUCACGCAUGAGAUGCAAGUUAGAAUUCGACAGGAAAUGGAAAAGGAAAAGAGAGUGGAGCAAUGGAAAGAGAAGUUCUUUGAAGACUACUACGGACAAAAGUUGGGCUUGACCCAAGAAGAAUCCCAGGAGCAGAAUUUGGCGCAAGAAGACGCUGAGAACAGGACAGGAUUGUCUGUUCAAGGAGAAGCAAGACUACAGCGUGGUCCUUCUACACGGCAGAGAGAUGGGCACUUCAAGAAACGCUCCAGGGCAGAUCUGCGAUGCAGAGCCAGGAGGAGCCUGUAUAAAACACGUGAACCUGAGCAAACGGAGGCUGACAAAGAGACUGUUCCUGUGCUGCCAGAUUCCUCCUUUCAUAAAGAGACAAAGCCUGAGAUAGAUCUAAAGAAAGAAGAUCUAAGAAGUGCUUCCGCUACAGUACUGAAGCCUGAGAGUUCAGAGUUGCUUGUCUCUCCAGAGACUUCCAAAUUACACAGUAAAUCGGAGGAUCUGUCAUUGGCAACUGCAAACAGAAUUCCCAGUUUGCCCCAGGAGAACUUAGCUCGGGAGUCAAAGGACCAGAAGAGGAAAUGCUUCGAGGAGGCUGCCUCUGCCUCCUUCCCCGAAAAGAAGCCGCGGCUUGAAGAUCGUCAGUCCUUUCGUAACACAAUUGAAAGUGUUCACCCAGAAAAGCCACAGCCUACUAAAGAGGAGCCAAAAGUCCCACCCAUCCGGAUUCAACUUUCACGUAUUAAACCACCCUGGGUGGUUAAAGGUCAGCCAGCUUACCAGAUAUGCCCCAGGAUCAUCCCCAACACGGAGCCCUCCAGCCGGGGCAGGACCGGGGCCAGAACACUCGCAGACAUUAAAGCCCGUGCUUUGCAAGCCCGAGCCCAGCGAGAAGCCGCCACAGCCGCCAUUGGAGGUGGGGGUGGCCCAGGCGGAGGGAGAAGCACUGACAAAGGAGGUGGCGGGGGAGAAUCCAGUAGCCAUACAGAGCACAGGAGAUCAAAGAGAACUCAUGGAAAGUGUUCGUCAGAUCUACAGCGAACACAAUUAUUGUCGUCUCUCCAUCUAAACGGAGAAAAGGCUAACUCUGGGGUGGCCGCUCAGGUGGCUAGCAUAAAUUCCUUCGUCUCUUCAAGACAGGACCCCUUUUCUUCAACGAAUGAAGGAAGCAGUGUUCUGGAAUGCACUGCAGACGUUAGCUCAGGGGAAGCUCGACUUGGUGAUGGUUCACCCAGAAGGCAGAUCUGUGAUGCUUUGGCUGGGUCAUCCUUUGACAGUGCAACUUCUGAGAGGCAGGAGGAGAGCCCUGAGCAGCUCCUCUGUGACGUAAGGACCAAAAACCUCCCUUGCGUUGCAUCACAGGACAGGCAAAGUAUGAAGCUGAAAUGUGUGGUUCCUCCAGUAAACGGUCUGUCUUGUUCUCAGGUACAGGGAACUGUGAUCAGUCCUACGGGAGAUGGCCGGAUUGUAUCAGGACUGAAAGAUGUUAGUUCUCCCGCAGUACAGUUGAAUUAUCAUUCCGAUGUGAAGGAAAAUUCCUCCGGUUGUCUUAGUCUUCUGUCAGAAUUGCCAUCAGAUGGUAGAGAAUGCCAUGAGCCAAAAAUGAUACCUAGAUUCAGAUUUAAUGGCUCUGAAACAUUUAUGGAAAAAUGUAUCACUGGUAGUGAUGACUCAAAAGCAAUGACUACUGGAAUGGAGAAAGCAAUUCCUGCGCUGUGUAAUUUCGCACAUCUGCAGGCAGAGAAAGAGAAUGACAGUAGGUUAAAUAAUGAAAAGCAGAACACAGAGUCUCUGGUGAAACCCUUUUUACAUGAUGAUUUCACUUCUCAGAAUAGGAUAGAUACUUCUGAAAAAGUCCCACAACUGAAGGAGAGGCAACCCAGAACAGAACCAGAAAAUGCAUGUCAGCCAUUGAGAGAGACUCAGGAGUUCAAGAUAAAUGGAGAUGAUGAAAUACAGAGUACGCACAGUGAAACAACAGAUACUGCUUCAGAUUUUGAAGCUGAUGUAGCUGAUGAGAAUAUAGAGAUGGAUAUAUGUUUCAGAAAUGUCAAUUUGAGGGAGGCAGCUGGGAAAGAUUCCUCCUGUCAGAGCAAUGCUAAGAGAUGUGAUAGAAUUAGAUCUAAAUCAUCUGUGGAAGCAGAUAGUCUUGCCUACGUUGUGGAUUUCCCCUCAGUCACAGUGAUGAGCAGCUUACCUCUGCCUCAGAGAUGGGGGCCAUGCGCACCAUUGUCCCCGAAACCUGAGAGGCAGCACGUGCCGUCAGGUUCUGCUCGGCCCAUAUCCUCUAUUGAAACCAACAACCCAUUGGUGAUGCAGUUGCUUAAGGGGAACCUUCCACUGGAAGAAGUUCUCCCAGUAUCUCAUUCCAGCAUCAGGCUGGAAAUCAGAGAGUCACCUCUGGAAAAGCAGUCAGAAAGCCUCUCCUUGCAAGCAGAGAGAGGUAGCAGCAGCUAUUUUGGCAAUGAAUCUUCUCGAGAUGCAGAAAUAAAGACAAGUGCCCUAAGCAGGAAUGAAGACUUGCACUCUACGAGACCUUUUAUAGAUCCCCAGGAAAAGCCGUGUGGAUCAGGGGCAGCACUGCCUAGAGCAGAGGGUAUGGAGAAUCCACCUAUUCCUGAAAAGCAUUCCAAAGUUGGCUCAACUUUAGGCUGUCAAGAUCAACGGGCAAAUGUGGCAAGUGCCUCUCAGAAGCCUGAAGACACGGGCCCCAGGGAAAGAACACUUUCUUCUUGUAGCUUUGAAGAGCAAAAGGAGUUGUCCAAGGUCCAUCAGGUGCCAGAGCACAACCCCUUAACAAGCGUCAUCACAAGUAAAAGUCCAGAGAAGGUAAAUCCAUCUAUAGGGCCUAGGUUUUUAUCUCCAAAUGUAACUUCUUUUGGACCAAAUCAGACAGGGGGCACCUCAGUCAAUAAAAAUUAUGCUGGAGUUCAAGGCAAAAAACUUUUUGGUUCUGGUUUUCCUUGCAACCCCAGUGUUAGACUACAUCACUCAAGGGCUUCGGAUCAAGUUUCAGCCAUGGGAACCUUGUCCCCCAGCAAACAGAUUCCUCUGAACAAGAGCUGUGCAUCUGGAGAAGGAAUGCCAGCUGUAAGGGAAGAAUGGACUUCAAAGCAGCACACAAACACCCUGGGAGAAAUAAAAAAUGAGAAUGUGUUGGCGUGUGACAGCCCAGCCAAGAAUAAUGCAGAGAACCGGAAGGAUGCAGCACAAAACCCUGUGGAGCUAACUGAACAUUUGCAAAGUGUUCCACUGGUUAUGGACUUGCCAUUUUUCAAGUUUUCAAGAGAGCCAGGAAAAGGACACAAUCAGCCUUUGGAGCCUUCUUCCGUACCCUCUCAGCUCAAUAUCAAGCAAGCAUUUUAUGGGAAGCUUUCUAAGCUGCAGCUUAAUACCACCAGCUUUAAUUAUUCAUCCAACACUCCAGCUUUUCCCAGAAGUCUUGCUGGAAGUAUGAUGCAGCUAACCCACAAAGCGAACUUUGCUGCAAACCAUAAUACAUCCCUUUCUGUGCAGAUGUUUGCCGAUAGCAGCAGUGUUGAAGAAAUAUCGUUCAAGUGUUCAUGCAGCCUUAAAGCCAUGAUCAUGUGUAAAGGCUGUGGGGCAUUCUGUCACGAUGACUGUAUAGGGCCCUCUAAGCUUUGUGUAUUGUGCCUUGUGGUGAGAUAAUAAAUUAUGGCCAUGGGACAAAUUGUAUAUUCAGUGUGUGUAUUUUGAUAAUGACUGUUCCUAAAACCUGUACACAAAUACUCUGUUUAUAGUAGAAAUGCUAUUACACUUUGUUUUGGUGAGGAAAGUUGACUUGCCUUCCCACUAAAAUCUACAGUGCAAAACCCUUUCUUGCUCACAAUUACACUCCAAUAUCUGUGGGUUGUGCCCCACUGGAGCGAUCCUUCUGCAUAAUGCUAUCAUGGAAGUACUGGUUGUGCUCUGGUACACAUGCUGAGGCUAACACCUGGUUGAGAGGCAGUUUGCUGUGGCAAUCCUUGGACCCUCUGUAAAGGAAACCUUUACAUCCAAAGGAACUGGAACAGGGUGUUUUCUAUUUAAGGGCUGAGCUAAGUUAGGCCCUACAGUCUUCCACUCUCCCCUUCUGCCAUCUCCAUUCUUGGUUUGUGUGGAAAGUACCGCUGUACAGUAAGUGUAAACAAAAAGCUGUUCUGCAGGUGACAGUUCUGUGCAGUCUUUGAAUGCUACAGCAGGACAUAGGAACCAGUAAAGCACUCUGCAGGUGGCUGUAGAGCCAUAUACAGUUAACCAUAUACUGGAUGGAGCCAAUUUAGAGGAUGCAAGAAGCAAAAGGUGGUAGCUGCCAGCUGAAUGCCUUCUGCUGGUCCGGAGGAAGAUAUGUGGCCUGCGGAACUGUGUGCCUGGCUGAACUCUUGGACCAGCUGAUGUGACUGCCUCUUUUGGCCAACUGUUGCUACAAAUUAGUGUGAAAAGUCAAAGGUUCCUAGAAGCUCAUUUACGUGGCCAGUGAUCUCUCCGUAUUGCAGCCCUACAACGAGGACCUUAACGUGACAGCAUCUGACCACUUGCAAGUGUCUAGCUGUUCAUCUGUGUGAUGAUCAUCUAACAUUUAAAGCAGUGUUCUUUCCUUUUUUUUAAUCUUUUCAUUCUUGGAUGUAUAAAGUGAAUUAUUUGGCUCCUGUAAGUAUCCUCUAUGCAUCUGUUUGAUCAUGUAUUUAUAUGUUGUACACAGUACUGGCCAACUCUGUAAAUGGAUGUAAUGUACAUAGAACAUGAAGGGUUCUCUUUUUUUUCCCCCCUUGAUUUUCAGGCUCUACAGCAGUAUUGCAUUAAAGUGGUGUUAGUUAUUAAUCUGCAUCUGUAGUCAGAGCCACUGUAUUCUGUCUUGCCUAAUGUGAGGCUCAACAUGCGAAGGUGUCUCUUGGCUCUGACGGCCUCCCUCUCUGCCCAGCUGUCCGUGCUGCGUCGCGCAGGUGGACUGAUGUGCGCACUCGAGGAUGACCUGCUGGGACUGGCCAGGUUGAGUGUACUUCACUGUUCACUCCUCUGAGCUGUUUCUCUGUGGUAGUUGCCAGUUGUUGCUGUAACCGAGUCUCCUAGAGCGUUGUUGCAAAAAGGUGAACAUCUUAGUGCAUCCGUGGAUUGACUGAGAGCAAAAACACGAUUCUUCCUCUUCGGUGCAAUUACCUCUCAAGAGUGAAUUGCUUCAGUGGGGGAAGAAGGCAGCCUGCUGUUUUAUUGAAGCAGACAGUAGCAAGGAUUGUUGUUUUUUACUUUUUUUCCUGCCUGUCCCUUUUCUAGCUCUAUCCUACCUCCCUUAACCAUGCACUUUUUUUAAUCAUAGAUCUCCCUGUUUGAGAUGCAAUCCUGAGGGAUGCAACAAGUCUAGUCUCUGAAAUGGUCUAUCCUUAAUGCAUUGACAGCCUUAUAUUGCAGGCAUGAGAGAUGGAAACCAAUGCGUGUGCGCGCACACGCUGGGAUGAACUGAACUGCAGUAUUAGCGAAGUCGGAGCGGAGGUGUGAAAACCUGCUUACCAAAGAUAGGGAGCAGAGCUGGGGCGGUCUGGCUCUGUCUCCUUUGGGGCCACUGUAGUGUACAGUUUGAAGCUGGUCUGGUUUGCAGAGCCCCUCAGGGGGCCUGCUCAUGUAUGUCCCUUGUGGUAUUGGAAAAAUAAACACUCUGUAAAACCUG